UGACAAGUGACAAAACCACUCGUUUUGUUAGUCAAAAACCACCUUUCUCCUUCUCCUCUUUCUCUCUCCUCCCCUAUAUAUCUUCUCUACUCCAUCUCUCCUUUCAACCCCUCCCACUUUCGCUUAAACUCACACCAAUUUCAAUUCUCUCUUUCUCUCUCCUCACUCAUUGUAUCCACACUUCUCCCACUCUUUUCUUCUUUCUUGUGCUCAUUUUUUUUUGUUUUAUAAUUUUAAAGUUCCCUCAAAUCUUAAGUUUUUCUUUGAAAUUUCUUGUGCAUUUCCUUGAACAACACAUCAUCAAAUCCAAGUUAUAACACUUUUAUAUAUUUUUCUAUACUAUAAAUUUUGUCUUUCCCUUGUAACUUAUUCAUCAAAUAGAUUAUUUAAUUUUACUUAUAUGUUUGUGAAAUAUGCUCAUUCCUUCUUUACAAUCUUUUUCUAGCAAAAUACAUUCAUUUUAAACUCUUCUUAAUUUAUCAAUAAACUCUCCUUUUAUUAUAGGUUAUAAAAAAAAAGGUUCCAUUUUCGUGUUUUCGAAAGCUAAGGGUAUUGAUUUGAGAUGGAAGAAGUGAAGGGUUUUGAUAGAAGAGCUCAUUUGAUUAAUGAGCUACUUCAAGGAAUGGAAUUCGCAAAACAGUUGCGAAGCCAAAUUUUGAACCCAACAAAUAAUUCAUCUUCAUCUUCAUCUUCAAAUGAUGAUUAUAAUAGUGAUCAAGUAGCCCUUAAUAAUUCAUUACUUGAAAAAAUGUUGUCAUCAUUUGAUAAAACCAUCACAAUUGCCAAAAAACUCAACAUUCAAAUCCCUCAAGACCCUUCUACUAAUAAUCUUAAUCAUAGAUAUGCCCAUUUUUCGGAAUCUUCUCAUUCUUUAGCCAUUAGUAGCCCGAAAAGUGAAACUUCUCACAACGAUUUUUCUCCUUCAAAAAAGAGGAAAUCAAUGAUGCCAAAGUGGACAAAGACUGUCCAAAUUGGCAAUGAAGGAGUGAAAGGCUUAGAGGGAGCACUUGAAGAUGGAUAUAGUUGGAGAAAAUAUGGGCAAAAAGAAAUUCUUCGAGCUAAAUUUCCAAGGGGAUAUUAUAGAUGCACUCAUCGCCACACCAAAGGUUGCGCCGCCACGAAGCAAGUCCAACGGUCCGAUGAAGACCCGUCCAUUUACCAAAUCAUGUACAGAGGUGAACACACUUGUGCCAAAGGGGCCCAGCUAGUUCAGGCCCAAUCCAAGGCCCAAUUCCAACCCAUGAUUCCAGCCCAAUUGAUUAAUUUGAAAACAGAACCACAACCACUUCCAAGCCCAAAUCAAAAUGAAAUUUAUGUGGGCCUAAGCCCAGAAGGUGACCUUAAAGUAGAGCCUGAGCAGGAGCCCGUUAACUACGCCCAAAUAUUUCGUUCAUUCUCAUUCACCUCAACUCACCUACAAACUGAUGAUCCUAAUGAGAACUACAUGUUAAGCUUCAGCCCUGCUUUUGGAUCACCAACAACCUCGGAGUCGAACUAUAUUCCGGUGUCACCCUACCGGCCUACCAAUUCCCACAUUGGACUUACCGUGCAAACAUCGGAAACCGAAAACAAUGAAGGUGUUUCGGGCCCAAACUCGGUCUCAAAUUCACCAGUGAUAGGUGACUUUGAGUUCCCUAUUGAUGACUUGCUAGAUUUUAAUGGCAACUUUCCUUUUGAGCUUUAAUUAAAUAAACUAUCAUUUGUCCUUUCAAUCCUACUCACCACUACCAAAAUGGUAGGAAGUUUGCUUAGUGAUGAAUUAAUUACUAGUGUUUUUAUAUAUACAUAGUUUAUUUUGUUUGCUAUUA